AUGGCGACCGACGGAGUGCACGUGGACCGCGCGCAGUCGAACGCCAUGAACCUGCAGGUGCUCAAGCGCCAGGACGCCGACGUCAUGGAGAUCGUGGACACGGCCAGCCACGUCGUCAUGUACGAGUUCGACCAGGACGCGCAGAGCUGGAAGCGAAAGGACGUCGAGGGCUGCUUGUUCGUGGUCAAGAGAUCGUCCUCGCCGCGCUUCCAGAUCUUCGUGAACAACCGCCUGAGCACCACCAACAUGACGCUGCCGCUGGACGAGCGCCUUGAGGUGGACAACGUUGACAGCUUCCUCAUCCUGCGCAGCCCCGACUCGGCGUACUCGUCGGGCUACGCCAUCUACGGCAUCUGGUUCUUCCCCGAGGAGGACCGCGGCAAGAUCCUGCAGUUGCUCCAACGUCUAAUCCAGUCGCUGAAGGUCCCACAGAGUGCUGCUAUUGCGGACGCUACGCCCACCAAGCAGCAGCCUGCGAAGGCUCAGUCUCCUGUUCAGACGCAGACGAAGCCCAAGCAGCAGCAGCAGACGUCACAGGCUCCUCAGCAGACCGAACAGCAGCAGCAACAGGAGCGACCGCCGUCACAGUCGCGUAACCGGGGACGUUCGCGCAACAAGCGGGACGACUCAAAGCGCCGCGGCGCCAACGCUGCAGCCAACCCCACAGCGAUCCUACAGCGCUCGCCGAAGGGCAAGCGUAGCAACAGCAGCAGCAGCAGCGGAGGCAGCGCUAAUGGCUCAACCAAGCAAGAGCCCGCUCCGGUGGUCGCCAGCACGAGCGGCAUGGUUCCCAUCUCGAAGGCAGACGGCAUUGCUGCUGGCGAGGCCAUUAUGGGCAUGUUUGCGCAGAACCAACCUCAGCAGCAGAAGCAGCAGCAGUCGACGGCCUCCAGCGUCAGCAAGGAGCAGUUGAAGCAGACGCUGAUCGGCCUGCUGGACGACGCGCAGUUCUUCGACCAGAUCUACCACGCGUACGUGGACCGCGUCUCGAAGCGGGGAUGA